AUGUUUCGGAGAGCUGUAGCCUAUGAAGAUCGCAUCACAACAUUCCUCCUAACCAGCAUAGGGAUAUAUAGGCGUUCCAACAGUUAGAAAAAUAUAUAUUUUUAAUGGGCAAUCAUAUUUGAAUGUAUCAUUCUAGCUUCC